AUGCCACCUUCGAUCACGAGAAUGACACGCCAGCAGGAUGAGGCAAGCUCCAAGGCUAGUAUUCACAGCAAAGUAUCCGCUGCCAAUCUUGAGACUGUUCCUAGUUCGGUUGUUGGAACCAGCUUCGAGCUUGAUGAAGAGACGAACAGAAAGUUGCUUCGAAAGAUCGAUUGGAAGCUGAUGCCUCUCUGCUUCACCUACGCCCUGCAAUACUACGACAAGGCCAUCCUCAGCCAGGCCGCCAUCUUCGGUUUGCGAGAGGACCUGAAACUCACCACUGGCAUCAGAUACUCUUGGGUCUCCCUUAUCUUCUACUUUGGAUAUAUCGCCGGCACUUAUCCCGCCUCUUUCCUCGCCCAACGUUACCCGAUUCGAAUCGUCUGCACGGCUAUCUGCAUCAUAUGGUCUUUUGUCAUCCUUUGCACACCAGCCUGCACGUCCUAUACCGGUCUCCUUAUAAAUCGCUUUAUGCUUGGUCUUGUCGAGGCAGGUGUAUCACCUAUCUUCAUGCUCGUCGUAGGCCUCUGGUACACCCACUCGGAGCAGGUCUCACGAUCUAGUUGGUGGUAUUCUUGCAGCGGAGGAUCUCUUCUCAUCUCACCACUAAUCAAUUACGGACUUGGCCAUAUCAAGGGAGGUGCUCUCAACUCUUGGCAGUGGAUGUAUAUCAUCGCUGGACUCGCUACUCUGGCCUGGGGCAUUGCCCUCUGGUGGCUGUUUCCCGAUAGCCCUCAGAAUGCCAAGGGGUUUACGGAAGCCGAGCGCCGUCUUCUCCUGGAGCGAGUCCGAGAAAACAAUGCCGGUACCGAGGACAAACAUUUCAAGUCCUACCAGUUCCGGGAGGCCUUGUUUGACUAUCGACUUUGGGGUAUCAUGAUUCUAUCUAUCGUGUCCUGCACGGGUUCCGGCGCGGUCACAACGUUUGGAACUAUUGUCUUUAAGGAUAUGGGCUUUGAUGUGUUUACUUCACUGCUGCUCAACCUACCCAUUGGAGCUCUCGCCUUCAUUUGUAUUCUCGGUUCAGGCUACAUUGGCAGAAAGGUUCCAAACUCUAGGUUGUAUGUCAUCGCUGGGGCAUGUGUCCCUGUCAUUCUCGGUUGUUCCUUGAUCUGGCAACUUCCAGACUCCAACAAAGCAGGACGCAUCAUCGGCUUCUAUCUUGUGAACUUCUUCUCCUCUGCAUGGGUUCAGUGCAUCGGCUUGGGGACUUCCAAUGUUGCUGGGCAUACUAAGAAGGCUGUGUAUGCUGCUUCAACGUUUAUCGGUUACUGCCUUGGGAACAUCAUCGGCCCUCUCAUGUUUGACGCGAAAUUUGCUCCUCGUUAUGACGAAUCAUUUACCGGAAUUAUGAUCUGCUUUACAGUCUGCGUCUUUGCUGCCCUUGCACUUCGAUGGUUGUUUGAUCGGGAGAACAGGCACCGCGAUACGACUUAUGGUUCUCCUAACCUCAGUCACGGCUUAGAGGAUCUGACGGAUCGGGAAAAUAAAUCAUUUAGAUACAGGCUAUAG